AUGGGAAAAAUAAAUUUCGUGAAGAAGAAACUGCGCAUAAUCGAAAAAGGGCCUGCCAGGAACGGAAAAGUUUUGAAGAAGAUGAGAGAAUCGCCUGAACCGGAUGCCAGACCUAAAUUGAGCAAAAAAGUAAGAUUUUUGCAUUGUUUUUUUGAAUUUUUGGUAAUUCUGCCUGGUGUUGACUGUUAUAACACGUUAAUUUGUCUGAAGCAACUUAAAUUAGCUUUACUGUGGUCUCAGGAUUUUAAAAAAUGUAAACCACUUGCGGAAUUAGCAAAAAAUCGUUCAAAUUUGAUCAAAAUUUCGAUCUAUCAUCAAGGAUAACAUAAUUUUCAGUUUUUGACCUUGAACUCUAAUUGUUUAUUUAAUACCCCGUUUCGGAGUAGUCUAGGAACUGUUACGUGACUUUUAGAACAUGCAUACGCUUCAGUAAGAACGGUAAUAGCUCAUCAUUUUGUUGUGUGCUAUGAACACUUUGUAAAACUCACGUAGAUGGGGGUGCGGAACAAGAUGAGGAGGAGAUAUUUAAGGCGAAAUGUUUUUGAUGUUCUAAGGGUGAGAAAGCACGUAGUCAGUUGUGAUGAUUACGACAUUUGGAAAAAUUGAGAUCAAGGAUAAAGUGGCUAGUAUAACAAGUUUGAUCCAAAGUUCGGUAAAUAUUUUUUUCUGAAAUAAAGAAGAUGUCUAGAUAAGCUUCUAAUUGUCCUUGAUAAACUUUGUAGCGAUUAAUUAUAGCGGGGGGACCUGAUCCAGAGGCAAAAAGCGUCCAUUUUGCAUCCGGGAAGUAUCGAAAAUGUGGCAAAAUGCUUCCCUCUCCAAGUGAAAAAAACUCAUUUUGAAGGAUGUCCUUUAGAAAUGGGAGUUUUUUCACUUGGAGAGGGAAGCAUUUUGCCACAUUUUUGAUGCUUUUCGGAUGCAAAAUGGUUCGUUUUUUGCCUCUGGAUCAGGUCCCCCCUGUAGCGGAAAUGUCUAGAUAAGCUUCUAAUUAUCCUUAUUAAACUUUGUAGCGACUACUUAACUACUUACAGUUGUUUUCAGAAGUUACGAGUGAGAAAUCUGUUAGAGGAAAACCUAAGACUAUGUGAUCCCGAAAUCUUCAAAGAAGAGGCUUUGAAUCAAACACAUACCGAUGAUUUUUUCACGCUCAGUCGAUUAAUUACCCCUAUGACGCAUCAUUUCUUGAAUUCUGGUAAGUUUAUGCUAUGAUUUAUGUUACACUUGACAUUACACUUGGAAAAAAAUUUUUGUUUAGGUAUUCCUUCUGAAAGUUUGAUUGCAAUCCGCGACAUUUGGCGACUCCCUUCGAAGCCCACGGACACCAAACCAUACAAAACUUGCGCCGGCGUUUCUCUGAAGAAGGCGGAUAUUUACACCUUGCGGAUCGGAGAACUCUUGAACGAUGAGGUCAUCUACGCCUAUCUGCAAUUGAUCAAAAAGCGUUCGGAGGAGGUUCAAGGACUCCCAAAAGUAAGAUUAGUUUUAUUCUUCCAUAUUUUUUCAAUUUUUAGGUCUAUUGUUUCAACACCUUCUUCUACCCCGCUUAUUUUGAAGGCGGAUACACUAAGGUAGCCCGAUGGACGAAGAAUGUGAACAUCUUCGAGUACGACCUGGUCUUUGUCCCAAUAUUUCACGGCGAACAUUGGUCGUUGCUCAUCUGGGACUUCCGCAACAAGUGUAAGAUUUAUUUGGACUCGUUGGAGGUCCCUGAAGGUGAAGAUAUUCGGACGUUGGCCACUAUUUACUUCAACAUGACAGAGUGAGUAAUUUGGAAUUGCAUUUCCCGCGUUUCGAGAUUUUUUUCACAUCGAAAAUUAAAAUUUUUUUCAAGUUGCAUAGUGUAAUAUAAUUUUUUUAGCAAAUACCUCAAAGACGAAGCCAAAAGCAGAGGAAAAGAUCCUCGAGAAGUAAAAAAGCUCAAAAAAAUUGUGGUGGUAAGUUUUUUUCAACAAUUUUUUCUUCGAAUUUUAGAGAAAUGCAAAAAAAUUUUGCUUCAGAACCGACCGAUUCAAAGAAAUGAGACCGACUGCGGGGUGUACGUUUGUUUGUUCGCAGAAUAUGUUGCAAGAGGCUGCACAUGCUUCGACUUCUUCCAUGACUUCAUCUACAAGUUCAGAGCCAAGAUUUGCCACGAAAUUUUGGCCGAGAAACUGAUGUGGACUUUAAAUGGGCCGAGACCAGUGAAGCUUGUUCAUGAAAAUAAUGGAGGAGAAGUUGAAAAGGAGGUGGAAGAACCGAUGAAGGCAGAAAGCAGCAAAAAUUUUGGAAAUGGAGACGUGGAGAAGGAAAAAACACGAGAAAUUGUGAGUUUUACCUAGUACAAUAUACAGGGUGCGCCAAAAAAAAUGGACAAAAAUUUUUUGCCAAUAUCUGGCUCUGGGUCAAGGUAUUUGGGGAAACGUUUAGAUGGAAUAAAUAGCGACGUUCAAGCAAUAUAUUAGCGGUAAGAACGGAGGUAUAACUUUAUCUCAACUUUUUUCUUGGGAGUUCAAGUUGACCAUGUUCUGAUCGCAAUUCUCGAAAGCGUGUCGUCUGGAAAGUGAGGCAUAAAUAUUUUUUGAGGCGUCACGAAAACUUCAAAUAAAAGUUCUCCAAUUCGUUAGGAUCUUUACUAUCACAUACAUAAAGGAAUAGUAUUAGUAACCUUUCAUUUCAAUACUAUGGACAUCCAAACUUGAGUAGCAGAGCAUUAAAAUAAAACCCGAAAUUCCGAAAACCAGAAAAAAUAUUGUAGUGAGAAAAUGAUGAGGCUUCGGGCAACUGUAAAGUUUUGAGUUAAUUCCCGGCUGAGGACUUACUGAACACACGGAUUUUUUGCUUUUCAGCGUCGUCAUGCUUGGAGGUAGUGACAAAAUUCCAAAAAAAUGGACGAAAACCGGAGAUUUUUCUUUAAAGAUAUGCUGCAAAGCUGCGGUUGAUUCUACCUCGCUCAAACGGCACUUACUAUAUAAAUCUACGUCUGCUCUAUAGCGUCAAAAAGUUUCAUGCUGAAACCUCUGCUUUCAGCGGAGAUCGGAGGGUUCAAACGGGGACAGGUGGGAGCCCGCAAAAGUACCGUGUCAGUGGCUUCUUUUCUUAACUUUCGGAAACACUGAAGCCGUGUCUUGCAUCUCUCCGUUGAAUCAACGCAUGGCCCGCAUAGAAUAGAAUAUGGGGGACAUCUCAUGCCGGUUUUUACAAUUAUUCUACCCGAUAAAGCCGAGAUAUUCAAUUUAGAAGCCAUUCGUUCCAACGACCUGGAAAGAUCUGGGUCAGUCCGAUUUCUGAAGCUCUUCUUCAGAGCCGGAGCCUUUUCUGUUUUGGGUCUACCGCUUCCUGGGAACCUCUGGAUGCUGCCAACAUCCCUAAACAUAUAUGAAGUCCGGGUGACAGUUGUACGGAGAGAACCACAACGACAAACAAUUUUCUUCCGGGAAAAUUCUUUAGAAAAUAAAAACACAUUUUGGUACCUCUUCGCAUUUUUGUCCAUAUUGCAAAAAUGUGAAGGCAAAGUAAAAAAGGGAUUUAAAGGGUUUGCAAGUGACUGGUUUGUGGUCAUAAUGGUCACUUUUUCCCUACUCGUACCGCUUUUCGUGGCGAGACACAAACGUUUUUAUUUUUGUCCAUUUUUUUUGGCGCACCCUGUAAUUUUUUUGAUGAAUGGAAGAUUAAUGGUUUCAAAAUGUUGACAUUUGAUUGGUUGUUGUUUUUUAGCUUAAGAUUUGUGGGUUUACUUUGUUUUAGAUCAAAAUUUCUAAAAUUAAAGUUUUUGUCUAGUGUAAUAUAAAUUUUAGGUAUUUUUGGCGAUUUUUUUAUGUUUUUAGGGACUAAGCUUAACGUAGCGAGAAAUUAGAUCAUUUAUUAAGUUUCCUUUAUCUUUUUGAAUAGAAUUAGAGUAGUUUUAACACCUAAAAUAAUGCCCAAUCUUUUAAUCUGUAGAUUCACAGGAAGGUCCUGAUCAGAAAGCAGAAGCUCAAGAGAAGCCCACAGAACCAGGAACAAGUGGAAAAUGGCCAGAAAAACAUUCAGAAUCCAACGAAAAAUCAAAAUGGAUUGGAAAUUCGGAAUCUCCAAGAAGAAAAUCCGCGGACAGUUGCCAAAUUCUCAAAGAAGGCGAAGAGGAGGAAGGUAUCAGCAUUAUUGAAGAGAAAAAUGCAGGAAAAUGUGAGCGAAGAAGAAGUUUCAUUGGGAAAUCUGAAGAAAAUCGGAAAAUUGAAGAAAAAACCUCGUCUGUUGACAACGGAGGAGCCCUUAGAACCGAGCACGUCCCUCCAAUCAAACGCCCGAGAUCCGCAACAGAAGAGAUCCUCGCAAGAAGGCGUCAGAAUCAAGAAAUUCCUCAUAAAAAACCACAAAAAGUCGUCGUUACCUAA